UAUCAGGAGUGGCUCUAGUCAGAUGUGCAGCAUGGAAUAACUCAGUGGGCAGCAAGUCACCAUUAGUCAGCUGUUUCUGGUAAUCAGAACUGACUACUCUAGGUAGCCUGAAUGUAUAACAAUGGUUUUGCAAUUCCUAAGAGAGGAAACAAAGGAAUUUAACCUGUUUUUCCCCCCUUCUGUUUGUGGGCUUGUGUGUAUAAGCAAAGGGGUCUUGCUCCCAGCGGGGACCAUAAUUAAGGCUAGAUUUGAUGGUUAUGAGCUGUUUCAGAUUUCUAAUGCUUAAAAAACUCUUUAAUAAUAAUGAUAAAACACAAGAAGGGGUUCAGUUUGGAAUGGUCUUAGCUUUCUAUGCCCUCCUAAAGGCAUAUCCCGUGUUAUUAUAAGAAACAGAGAAUAAGAUUGAGACUGUCACUCUGUGGUCAGAGGUGAGCAGAGGUGGUAUUAGUGUCUCUAGCACAAGAUCUGGAAACGUGAAGGUCAGAAGAAGACAUGCACAUGUUCACCAAUGAAAGGAACAUUAUUUCAACGUUUUCGUCAUAUGUAGCCUACCCUAACUCCUUUAUGUUCUCACAAAAGGGCCAAACAUUUAUUAUCAAUAUACAGCAAAAGAUAGACCAUGGCUCAUUCAGUGUAUUGAGUUAAGAGAAAUGAGUGAAAAGAAAGUUAUUACAAAUUCAUUGUCUUCUGAACUAAAUCAUUGCUCAGACACUAAGCUAUUUCCCAGUUUGUGCAUGCAUAUUUCCUACCUUGAGUUAUACAAUAGAUUCUACUACAGAACACUUGCUAUAUCUUAGACUCUUUAAUCUCAAAGUAGAGUUAUGGAGUAGGCUAGUAAAUACAUGUUAUAAGCAGAACUGGAAACUGCAGUUUUUUGCAGAGAUAGCCUGUAGAUUAUGUUUGAAUUUUUAAAACAAUUUUGUUUAGCCUGCUGUUAUGGGUAUGGUCUUCUUAUCGUGGUGGAAGGUAGUCUGCUGCUAAAUUAGGUUACUUAAUGUUAAAUUCAAUUUGUUUGUGUAGCCUGGAUGAUUGUCUUUUAAAUCCCUAUCUGGCACACAGGUUCAGACCAUGUGAUCACUGGUCUUGGAAGUCUGUCUUCAGUGGUGGCUUGAUGUAGGGUGAUCCUCUCCAUACUGUACCCAACUCUGUAGCAAUAGUAACUCUGUAGCAACUCUGUAACUAAACCAGAGAAUCAGCGAGCCAGCCAUGUCCGUGGUCUUUUGGAGUCCUCAUACAUUUCCUACUUUACCUUUGGCCGCCUUCUUCCUCCUCUGUCCCUGUGCUCUGAGUCUUGAGUCCCUCCCACCUUCCACGUUGUCACACACACGUACACCCUCCCUCGGCUCACACCCCAUUGUUACACACUGCUGCCUGCCUGGGUGGCAGACACCUGCUGUGCUGUCACACUCCGGUUCCGUGACUUCUCACGCUGGUGAAAGCUUUUCCCCGUUCUCUCCUCUCUUUCAGUGGGUCAGCUGGCGGGAGCAGAGGUGAUAGCACUGCUCACUCGCCCAUGCCUGUGACAGCAGCAGGUUUCACGCAGCCGGAGCCCAAGCAGAAUGAGCAGCGUGGCCCUCUGCGCAUCUCCGUAGGGGGUCUUCCUGUCCUGGCCUCCAUGACCAACACCCUGGACCCGCGCUUCCGCAUUAAGUGGCGCGCGAUCGUGCUGAUGGGCGCACUGCUGGCCCUCCUGCUGCUGCUCUACAUGCAGCUGUCCCCAGGGGGCGCCAGCGGGGCCAUGCACCACAGCCACGCCCGGGGCCCGCAGGGCUUCGGCCAGAAGGGCCCGCUGCUGGACGACCUGGGCGAGCGCUACAACGACACGUACCCGCUCACGGCCCCCGAACACACGACCGAGGGCACGCGCUACCGCAUCGCCGUCAUCGCCGACCUGGACACGGCGUCGCAGCAGGACGGCAAGAAGAACACCUGGGUCAGCUACCUGCGGCGGGGGCACCUGCUGAUAAGCGAGGGCUCGGGCCGGCCGCACCUGAGCGUCCAGUGGGACGCGGAAAAGGUGGAGCUGCAGACGCACCUGUCGGAGAAGGGCCGCGGGAUGGAGCUGUCCGAACUGACCGUGUUCAACGGGAGGCUCUACAGCGUGGAUGACCGCACCGGCGUGGUCUACCACAUCGAUGGCAACAGGGCCGUGCCUUGGGUCAUCUUGCCCGACGGGGACGGAAGUGUCUCCAAAGGCUUCAAGGCAGAGUGGCUGGCUGUAAAGGACGAGCAGCUGUACGUGGGGGGUCUGGGGAAGGAGUGGACCACCACCUCAGGAGAGUUUGUCAACAAUGACCCCCAGUGGGUCAAGGUGGUCGGAUUCCAUGGUGACGUCCAGCAUCAGAACUGGGUUCCCAAGUACCACCUUCUAUGCUCUGCAGCAGGGAUCCAGUCUCCAGGUUAUCUCAUCCAUGAGUCGGCGGCGUGGAGCGAUUCGCUGCAGCGCUGGUUCUUCCUGCCGCGACGGGCCAGCAACGAGCGCUACGAGGAGACGGCGGACGAACGGCGCGGCACCAACCUGCUGCUCAACUGCUCGCCGGACUUCCAGAACAUUCUGGUGAGCCGCGUGGGCCCGCUGGAGCCGACGCACGGCUUCUCCUCGUUCAAGUUUGUGCCUAACACCGACGACCAGAUCAUCCUGGCGCUCAAGUCCGAAGAGGACGCCGGGAAGAUCGCCACGUACAUCCUGGCCUUCACGCUGGACGGACAGAUCCUGCUGCCCGAGACCAAGAUCGGAGACGUCAAGUACGAGGGGCUGGAGUUCAUCUAAGGGCAUCUAAGCCCGAACUCCAAAAACUGAAGUCCUCCCCUUCACGUCAGUUGUGCAGACGAACACUGCACUGCACGCCACCGAGAUCCUCUCGGAGGAAUGUUCCGAGAGGGGAACUCUGGUCCGAGUCGGCAGCCUGGCACCUAACCCACCACUCCUCAUCUCAUUCCCCACGGCUCGUCAUCACCCCGCACCCACCCGCAUAGCACCGUGCCAGUACAGAACAGAGGGCUGUCGCCACGACGCCAGCCUGCUCCAUGGCCAACGCCACUCACCCACCCACCUACUCAUUCACUCACACCACAACUCAACAUAGAGGGCCGCCAAGAACACUAACCCUGUCCAACUGUCUGUAGUCGUUGUAACUGGUGGUGGUCACAUGAUUGGUUUUCCAGCUCCAUGAGACUCCCUGUGUUCAUGCGACCUUCUGAAGUCAUGUGACCUGGGUGGCUAAGCCCAGUAGUACUGUACUGACUGACUUCUCAUAUUGAAUGUAAGAUUAGGAGAUCACUCUGAUUCUCUGAGCAUACUGAUGGGGGCACUGAAGUACCAUGGUAAUUCUGAAUGCAUUUUAAGUUUGUUUUUUAUUGUUUUUUGUUUUGUUUUGUUUUUUCUUCAUUUUUUUUUAAAUUCCUGGUUGUUCUUAUAUUUAACGUUAUUUUUGAACUCUCUGUUGAACCCAUGACUCCCUCUGAUGCACACAUACAGACUCAUCACUAUGCCAGGUAUGACUUUGGGUCAGUCGUUCUUAUCACUGUAUCUUAUAUAUCUGGAAAGUUAUUUGAUUGGUGGCUACAGAAGAACCCCUGAAAGGAGAGACCAUACACCCUGGCAUCCUACAACUAGAGUGCGGUUUGGGCCGCAAAUUUCUGUCCGAACCCGGCCCGCGUCCGACAGAAUUGCGUCCGAACCCGACAGGCAUUUUCAUUUUUAUGUCCGAACCCGACCCGAGCCCGACGCAGAUGAUGCCUCAGUUA